GUUUUGCCGGCGCGGAGGGAGUGGGCCCUGGGGAGCCGACCGCUGACCGGGGGCAGAAGCGAGCCGGGCUUGCGGUCAGGGUGUUUGCCUAAGGACAGCAAGGAGCACUUCAUUUCGGCUUGAGGAGGCUUUAGGCCAGUGGAGCACUAGCCAACACAAUCAGCUAAGCCCAACCAAGAGGAAAGAGAAUAAUUGAGAAGGCUUCCAGCAUCUCAUGAAUGAGCUACCGGAACUCGAUAAUGCUGGCUCUGCAGAGCCGGGUCUGCGGCUCCGGAAAGGACACAUGUCUGACACUGCAGCAACUCAGGCGGCCUUUGAAGAGGACAGCUCUGACCAGAGGCUGCUUUUAGUGGAGCCACCUCUGUCUUCUGAACAGAAAAAUUGUUCUGAAGAGAAUAAACACAAUGAUGAAUCACCUCAAGAAGAUGAAGGCUUUAUGGGUAUGUCACCUCUCCUGCAAGCCCACCAUGCUAUGGAGAGAAUGGAAGAGUUUGUGUGUAAGGUCUGGGAGGGCCGAUGGAGAGUCAUCCCCCACGACGUUCUGCCUGACUGGCUGAAGGACAAUGACUACCUGCUGCAUGGACACAGACCACCCAUGCCUUCUUUCCGGGCUUGUUUCAAGAGUAUCUUCAGAAUACAUACAGAGACUGGUAACAUCUGGACACAUCUGCUAGGAUGUGUGUUCUUCCUGUGUCUGGGAAUCUUCUACAUGUUCCGGCCAAACAUGUCCUUUGUAGCACCUGUGCAGGAGAAAGUGGUUGUUGGAUUGUUCUUCUUGGGAGCCAUACUCUGCCUCUCCUUCUCAUGGCUUUUCCACACAGUUUAUUGCCACUCAGAAGGUGUUUCCCGGCUCUUCUCCAAGUUGGAUUAUUCUGGCAUUGCACUUCUCAUAAUGGGCAGCUUUGUACCAUGGCUCUACUACUCCUUCUAUUGCAACCCUCAGCCCUGCUUCAUCUACUUGAUUGUGAUUUGUGUCCUGGGCAUCGCAGCCAUAAUUGUCUCACAAUGGGACAUGUUUGCAACCCCUGAAUAUCGGGGUGUAAGGGCAGGAGUAUUUCUAGGUCUGGGUCUUAGUGGGGUUAUUCCCACCCUGCACUUUGUCAUCUCUGAGGGGCUCCUGAAAGCAGCCACAAUGGGGCAGAUAGGCUGGCUGGCACUCAUGGCAUGCCUGUACAUCACUGGUGCUGCACUAUAUGCUGCCCGCAUCCCGGAGAGAUUCUUCCCUGGCAAGUGUGACAUCUGGUUCCACUCCCACCAGCUGUUCCACGUCUUUGUCGUGGCCGGUGCCUUCGUGCACUUCCACGGGGUGUCCAACCUGCAGGAGUUCCGCUUCACCGUGGGAGGAGGCUGCACAGAGGAGGAUGGGAUGCAGUAAAGCCCCCAGCCCUCAGCCCGAGGCGGGAACCAAACCCCUGCGGCUGAAGCCUUACAGCCUGGCGAAACGAAGGCCUAAGAAGAAUCCAAGUUUCAGCUGCUGGAGCGCUGGGGGCUUCAUGGGAAUUCUGACUAACCAAGAGAAAUUCUAUACCUCAAAGCAAUGGAAUGAAUCAAUUUGAAGACCAGGAAAUUCUGAAAACCCUAAUUUAUUCUUGGGAUCUACAGAUUGAGCUGCAGAGGACCCUUUCCAAAUCAGCUUCUGUUCCAAUGCCAUAUUUAUUUGUAGGAUGGGGGAGGGAGAGCUUAGCAGGUUCC